AUGUCAUUGAGCUAUGAUCCCGAUUCCUCCCUUGUAGAUAUUACAUGGGAAGCUGCCUUUGUAAGCCAGAGAGAUGUGGCUGGUCAAAUUCCAAUUAAUUUUGUGACGACGUCGGCCGUGUGUCUGCGGUCGGCGUGCUUCGGAAACAAUGUGUUUGACCGGGAUUUGGCUGGAAGAUGCAUUUCGAAUCUCCUCGCUUUGGGAUAUCGCCGGUUCAUCGUUGAUCUAUACUGGUCUGUGGAGAGCCGUACUUGGAACUUCUGUCCAGUGAGUAUCCCGAGCGAUGUACAGGUGGUUACCAUCUCGUCGACGUCGACAUCAAUGACAACGGGAACUUCCACGGCUUCAACAACUACAGUAGCUGCUGCACAGGGUAGUGCAACAGUCAUAUCUAAUUCUUCUGGAUCUCAGCUGUAUGCGCUGGGCCCCUAUCUAUGCUCGGACGGCCUUAAUUUAUCAGAUAUGGUUGAUAUUUUUGAAGAUUUUUUCAAAUCUACUGCUUCUCAAUUGAAUAUCUACACUAGAUAUGUUUCUUUUAACCUCCAUGCAGCUACUACUGCAACGGCAGUUAAUCGACCGGCUUCCAAAGUAUCUGGGGCCGACCUACCGUCGAUACCAGAGCGUAUCGACAGUCUCGUCGAUCGCCUUUAUUCAUAUAUAUAUACACCGUCGCAGCUGGCCGACGAACGUAGUAACUUGAAUGAUUCCUGGUACAAAGUUGACGAUGGAUACGAACCUAUCACAGAGUACAUUACCAUCGACGAAGACGAGGAUGGUAAACAGAGCACUACAGAUGGCUGGCCGUCCACGAAAUAUGUGCAGCUGGCAAAGGAACGGCGUCUACUUCUUGAAUAUGGCUCGGUAGAUCCUCAAAUGGAAGACUAUAACAUGACCGAGAAGGACGAGAUUAUAUUUCCUCAAGGAUCUCUCACUACUACGAUCCCUAUUACUGUUAGCGGGGAAGGCUUAGAGUCCGGAUGCUACUACAACGCAGACGCUUCUGGAAUCUCACAAGUGAACUCGUCAUGGGCCGUGUCCAGUCCUGUACCAGUUUCAAACGACACAGUCAAGACGCAAUUCAUGCGGAGACUUUCAGACCUGAUUACGAAUGUAACAGCUUGCGGCCUAACCCCGACUAUCAACAAUACUCUUUUCAACGCCACAGCUGACAAAGAUUUUGAACCGUACAAAAAUGCAACUCGCGCCGCAAUGUGGGCAUGGGCGCUGGGAGAGCCCAGAGGCUCGGAGGUGACUGAUGACAUAGACCAGCCAGGAAGAGACCGAUGUGCCGUUAUGGAUCUUUCUCUGGGGGGCCACUGGCGCGUUAUAAAUUGCGCCGAAAAGCGCCGUGGAGCAUGUCGAGUCGGAAACGAUUUAUUCACUUGGAAAUUGACUUCUACUGAGCACAUCUAUUCUGAUGUAUACCACCAAGGCUGCCCGGAAAACUCCUCUCUGGCGGUCCCCCGCACUGCCCUCGAAAACACCUAUCUUUACUGGCAUGCGCUUGAUAAAGCCGCUAGUGGAAUGGACCCCAAUUCCUCGGACCCGUCAAAGCGCGAGUUGUGGAUAGAUUUUAACUGCCUGGACGUCGCGUCCUGUUGGAUCACAGGUGGGCCCGAUGCUAAUUGUCCGUAUGCGUCAGAUCCUCAACAACUACAAAAACGAACCGUCCUUGUGGCUGCCAUAGCCGGGAUUGUGAUCUGCAUCAUUACGGCCUUGACGUUGUUUGUGAAGUGUAAUACGAAUCGGCGCAACUCACGCAGAGGGAAGAGAGUGAUUCAAGGAUGGGAAUACGAAGGUGUUCCCUCGUAG